AUGCUUCUGCUACUCAAUAGCGACAGCUCUGAGUCGGAAAGCUCCAGUACCGACACGAGUGAUUCGUCGGACAGUGACAGCGACGCUAAAGCGUGCGCUUACGAGCGGGAAUUCAACAAGUUGUUCCGCAUUCCCGCGAAGAGGCCCAAAGUCGUCGGUUUCAUCGAGGACGUCGUUCGGCAGUACUCGGACCACGAGGUAUGCGGCCAACAAAACCUGCAUGCGAGACUUGGCAAGCCGUUUCGACAUGUCAGAAAGCACCGUGUACAGAGUUCUUCAAGAGUAGCGCAGUUCCUGAUGACGCUGGGACCAUCGGUGAUCAAGUUUCCCGCAGACUUGGAGAAGCUCACUAGCAGUUUCGAGAAGGUGUCUGGAAUGCCUGCUGUUAUUGGCUGUAUAGAUGAAUCGUAUGUCAAGAUACAGUGCCCAGCCUACAAGGUUGCCUCCACAUACUGCAACAGGCACCAUUACCUUUCACUAACGCUGCUAGUCAUCUGUGACCACAAAAGGCGCUUCCUCGAUGCGUUCACUGGAACCUCCAGCAAAAUGCACGAUUCUCGUGUGUUUAGCUUAUCGCCUCUUUCAAAGAACAUAGCUUCAGUAUGUCAGGGCCGUUAUCAUAUAUUAGGGGAUGCAGCAUAUCCGCUGCGGGAGUACCUGUCGACACCAUACAGGGAUUACGGUGCAAUGAAUAAGCAACAAAAAGGCUUCAAUUUUAAGUUUUCAGGCACACGAGUGCUCAUUGAAAAUGCAUUCCGCACACUCAAGAAGCGCUUCAGGCAGCUCAUGUACCUGGAGUUGCACACUAUCCACUGGCUCAAUGAGUUUAUCAUAAGCUGCUGUAUCCUUCAUAACUUGUGCAUCGAUUACGGUGAUGAAGAGCCAGAUGAUGAUAAUAAUGACGAUGGAGCACCCAAUGCUAUUCAGUGGGAGAACUGCACUGAUAACCACAGUGAUAAAACUGAUGAGGACUCGUUCACCUCCCGUCUCUGCUGCCACCACACCAGCCGGCACAGCACAGUGUGCCCCUACGCAUCGGUGGCGCAGCGAGCGCAGCCCUGGCGACGACGAUCUGAUGCUGCCGCUGCCGUCUCCCCCCAUCGAGGGCACGGUGGUCACAGCUCGUCGGGAAGCCGCCGCCGCCACGCUCCUUCCUCCUCUUCCUCUGCCGCAUGCCCCUGCUCCUCUUCCUCACCCGACGGCGUUGUAGUAGAAGCGGCGGCUCCCCGCUGCUAUUCAUCGCCGGCGGCCGCUGAAACCGGCUGCGGUGUAUCCCUACACUCUGCUGUCGUCUGCUCCUGCUCGCUGUCACCCGCGCCGCCGGCUCCUAGGCCGCUUCGCACGCCGGCUCCCUGUUAUUCGCUGCCGCCGACAGUACUCUGUCACCGCACACGAGUCAAGGAGCUGCAGUGCCUGUCCCCGUGCCUCUGCUCGCCGGUCGUUACAGUAGCGGCAAGCAUGGCCGCCGCCGCCUCCGCAUCGGCAUCAUCCGUGGCACGAUCCGUGCUUGCGCUGCUCAAAACCGUGGCGCGCGACGUGCUCGCCGUUCUGGCCGUGGUCGCUUUCUUCCUGACGCCGGUAGCUGCGCUGCCAUACACACGUGCCUACGUGCCCAACACUUACACGCUCAUCAACUCCAACUGCUCGGCAUGGGCGCUCCGCAUACUCACAUGGCUCCUGCUGCUCCCCGGCACCGUGUCCGUGGUGUUCGUGCUCAUCGUGCUCCCGCCGCUGUGCAUACCGCGCCGCUGGAAGUACAGGGCCGUCAUCGAAAACUACAAGGUCGGCCCCCAGACCACGUUCCGCUGGGAGUCGCCCUUCUUCGACCGAAAGUACCGGCUCUGAUGAGCCUGUGGGGCUCGCGCCGCCUCCGCUGCUGCCGCGUUCUCCGGCCCGGUGAAAAUGACACCGACGCGGGAGCAAACGGCACGGACGGUCGCUCGCUGCCUUCUCGUCGGUGGAAGACGCGAACGGAGGAUCUUCAAAUGACCGGGCGGGCCAUUUUUAGCCGAGGCCCUUGGUGCGCCAAUGGACCAGGACCAUCGUAGUCGGCCCUCACCGAAGCUCGAAGCCAAAGCUUUACUGAGACCCCAACGUUCAUCGAUCUGUAAUACUUUUUUUUCCUACGGUGUAAAUAACUAUGCUUUACGUUAGGCGUGCUUUAAGAAAUACGAGAUUUUUUUUCGAUAUUUUUCCCACAUUCUAUUUACCUAGGAAUAACUGUGAUGGUGAUAGAAAAAUACUGGGCUCAUCUCGUGUAGCCUCUGCGUAUUUAUAAGAACUCUCUUUUUCGCCCUUUUAGGAAAUAUCCACGUAUACACCGGUGCAUUCUGUACUUCCGGGCAUUAAAGUAAAUAAAAAAAAGGA